UUCUUAAGGGUCUGAUUUUUGUCUCACUGGCGAGGUUGGAUUAAGCGUGCGCUGCCCGCCCGCCCGGUGUCUGCGAGGGCGCAAGGAGGUGCGGCGCAGUGGGCGGAAGAGAUGUCUCAGGUCGGAGGGAAAGUUGUGCUGAUGCUGAGCGUGGUGUGUCUGACCGCUUUCCUGGCUGCGGUGAGAGGGCUGCCCUUGAGGCGGCAACGCAGCAACAGCCCGAAGGAGAGGAACUACAAACUGGUGGAGAUCUCCACUUCAUCGGAUACGGCUUCAGUCAAAGAAGAGGAGAUUCCGCGGUCUAACAGAGUACGGAACCUAAGGCAAAACGGACAGGUCACGCCACGCCGGCAUAAACGCCGUUGGCCAUCACAGCAUGUGACAAGGAACCAGUUAGCAUCGCUUCAGCCUGGUGGUACAAUCCAGGAAGAGAGUACGCCUUUUGUGCUGGAUUUACAGAACCUGCCGGGUUUAGCUAAUGUGGAUCUGAGUGCCCAGAACCCAAACAUACAGGUGACCAUAGAGGUAGUAGAUGAUCCUCAGGCUGAGAUGGAGAUGGACCUUCUGAAGGAAACCAGCAAUGACUGGUCUCUGACUUCUUCUGAAUGGCUGUCCCACAAAGACCUCUUUUGGCCCCUCUUCUGGGAGUACACAGACCCUGUGGAGGAGAGGGAUGAAGACGGCAACUUGGAUAUAAGGAACCGAAAGGAGGAAGAGGAGGAGGAGGAAGAAGAGGAGGAGGAAGAAGACUAUACAUCAGAGUAUGAUGAUGAGGAGACGGUUCUGAGUGGAGUGGGAGGGGACUGGGACCAGAGGUGGCCCAAUCAGAAGAACUGGAUCUUUAAAGAGAAGUACAAUUAUGACUAUGAAGAUGAAGAGGAAUGGAGCUCUUGGUCCCCCUGCAGUGUCACUUGUGGCAGCGGCAGCCAGAAGAGAACCCGGUCUUGUGGUUAUGCUUGUACUGCCACAGAGUCAAGAACCUGUGACCUGCCCCGCUGUCCUGGAGCAGAUGGGGAGUUGGCUUUCACCACUGAAGAGCCGCCAUUUGAAGCGGAGAAUGCCACAGAGAUCUUAAACUCAGAUGUGGACAGCUGUGAAAAGUGGUUGAAUUGCAAAAGCGACUUCCUCAACAAAUACCUGAGCAAAGUACUUUCAGACUUGCCCAGCUGUCCCUGCUCUUACCCACUGGAAGCUGUGUACAGUGCUGUGAACUUGAGAGAUGAGCAGCAGGGCAAAAACUUUCGCUGGCGGGAUGCCAGCGGGCCCAAGGAACGGCUGGACAUCUACAAGCCCACUGCCCGUUUUUGCCUGCGUUCCAUGCUCUCCUUGGACAGCACCACGCUGGCCGCCCAGCACUGCUGCUAUGACGAGAACACCAAGCUGAUCACCCGAGGGAAGGGGGCUGGUGCUCCCAACCUCAUCAGCACGGAGUUCUCCCCAGAGCUUCACUACAAGGUAGACAUGCUGCCUUGGAUCCUCUGCAAGGGAGACUGGAGCCGGUACCAUGCCGUGCGGCCUCCCAAUAAUGGCCAUCGGUGUGCCGACAACCCUCCGGAGGACAAGUACCUCUCUCAGCUACAGGAGGCCAGGGAGUAUUAGACAGAAAGUGGGGCUAAAUUUCCCAUACAACUUGCUAAGAGCACGUAGCAGGACCAGGUUUGUUCUUCCCCUUUUACAUCAGCGAAGGUCACUGGUUCAGAGUGGCUGCAGAGUUAUCCCUUGUUUUUCAUUCUCUUGACAGCAAGGUAGCCUGUAGGAAAGCUGUGUAACUUGGCUCUCUAGUCAUGUCUUUUCUACGACAGCCUCCAGUUCGCUUCCUGGCGUCCUUGUUAUCCCAGCAACUGCCACUGUCCAUUUGGCUUAAAGGGAGCUUCUCUCUCCAGAGAGUUUUCUGUAGCCCACAGAUUGUCUCUUGGGAUUCUGGGAAGAGCCCAGGGAAGUGGAAAAGGGUGGUAGCAAUGCCAGGUGAAGGGCUAGUUUUAAAAGAAAGGCCUACCUUACUUAUUUUGCAUUGCAUUUGUGACACUCUCACAAAGCAGACUUGCAUGUUCUUGUGGCUCGAAAUAAUCAGGUGUCUGAUGGCUUCACUUAGCUGUCUGACGUGGUUUGGGAGGGAUGACAUUGCACCAAAAUUAUGUUUCAGAUAAAAGGGAGGCUUUUAGCCUGCUCUCCCAACUUCUGUAAUCUGAGAUGGUUCCAGGGAAGAGAGAGGGUUGGGUCUUCCCUGUUUCUUAUAUUACUCACAAUUUGGGAGAACCUGGGGAAAUGCAAGUUCUGGGAUGGGUGUGAAAACACAGCCAGUGAAGUCACUACUUAGGUGAGGGGAGGGGGAGGAAAUGACCAAGUAUUUCAGUUCCUAUUCUUCCCAAUUCCUGUUCUUCCCUUUACUUCAGGGGCCUAGCAGAACACCCAGUAGUUACAGCUGUGAAACCAGGUAUCCUGGGAAAACUCAAUGUUCCUCUGUCUGUAACACCGGGCUAGGGUUGCCAAGUCGUCUCACCCCUUGAAGCAGGGGAGCUGUGCCGUCGUCCGGGAGGUCCAGUGGAGCGCGUGCGCACGCUGGCAGCACGUCACCGGAAGUAACGUGCGACGUUGCUGACGUUGGGGGCGU